UCUGCGGCUUACAGUUCUGUACCGUGGCCUUUUUGUAUCAGUGAAAAAUUACAUAUUUUUGUUUAAAAAUCGUGAAUUUGCUUAAAAUCUUGAUUGAAAAUAGUGAAAAAGAUAAGUAGGAUUAUCUGGAUUAUUAGCUAAACUUCCGGGAUGAUUAAUGUAACAGUGAAGACUCUGGAUUCUCAGAAUCAUCAAUUUGCUGUGGAUGAUGAGAUCACGGUGCGCCAGUUCAAGGAACACAUCGCUGAGAAGGUCAGUGUUGAGGCUGAUCUUCAGAGAAUCAUCUACUGUGGUCGACUGUUGAAGGAUGAGAAACUCUUGAAGGAAUAUGAUGUCAAUGGGAAGGUCGUCCAUCUGGUCCAGCGUGCUCCUCCAAGCACCAGGACACCCACAAGCACAACUGAAAGCGCCCCACAGAACAGAUGGAGAGUGAGGAAUCUGAAUCCCCGGAGUCCUCUCAUCCGGGCCAUCGAUGGGAUGGUAUUAGGAGCAAUGGCUAUUCCCAUGAACACCAACAACGGAACUCCUCAGGCUGCAGCUCCCUCCCUGAAUCCCUCUUCAACGCUCUGCAUGAAUCGCAUCACCGUGGCCAGGCAUAUGCUAGAGUGUGCCAAUAACAUUGCGAGGUUCCUGGAGAAUCCAGAAGGGCAAUCUUCUGUUCCACAGGGGCUCAACAAUACGGCCAUGGAGGACCUGGCUCAGCAGACUCUCGAGUCAACGGUCUUCGAGGUGGGUAUUUCAGCUGUAGGCGAAGUGGACAUUCCGCAGGUUCAGAUGCAGAACCUCGUGCAGGCUUUCCAGGGAGCUGUUUCGGCUGCUCUGAGGCAGAAUGGCGUGCCGAAUAUUCGGCUGUUGCAGCAGCAAAUGGCUCAAGCGGAAGGAGCCGAGGGAAUGCCAACUGUCCAGAUCCUCGAAGCCACUCCAGUUGAGGACAUUGCAUCAAUGUCAACGGCACCAACAGCGCCACCAGCGCCCGCGGAAGCUCCAGCUGGAGCAACUGGAGGAUCCGGGCAAGAAGGCUCAACAUCUCAGUCUCAGAGCAACACUGAAAAUACUUCUGAAGCUGGAAGUACUCCAGGAUCAAGAUCUCGACAACAAACAACACGCACACAGACUCUAGCGACUGUUGUGCAGCAAAUGAGAGAUGUUCAGGUGCGCCUGGAGCCUUUUGUCCAACAAUAUUACGAUAUUCUGCAGAAUGAUCCAACUUAUGAGACAGAUGAAGAAAGAAACAAUGCUCAGCGUGUUUUUGAUCAUGUCUCUGAAGCAUUUCACUACAUCUCACAUGCUCAGCAUGCUAUCAGUGAUCUGAUGCUGUGCCUGUCUUCAAAUACGCCCAGGCAUUUGUGCUGUAGGCCAAUUUUGGUGGAACAAAGUGCAUUUGUUAGUUCAGGAUUCACAGUUCCGGCAAAUUUGGCCACUGUUACAAGGCCAAAUGGGAAUAACAAUGAGACAGCAGCAGCGGCUGCUGCUGCUGCAGCUCCUCAAAAUGAGAACAACAACACUGCAAAUGGACAGCAAGCACCAACUGUUGAGGGAGGACAACAGCAGCAGCAGCAGCAGCAGCAGCAAGCAAGUAAUGAAACAACGCCGAGGCAGGGCCUCCCAACUGCCCCCCAAUCAGCUGAUCAGUCAGAUGAAAAUCGCUUGCCCAGAGGUAUUCCCCGCAACAUAUUCUCUUUAUUCUUACCAAUAUCCAAUCGAACAGCAAUUCGUACCGAUAAUGGUGUGCCAGGUUUAUUGGGUUUUAUUCCAGUUAAUCAAGAACUACAAAUUGCCCGGAUAAUUCAGGCUGUUGUUAAUACAGCCCCAAUGGAUGCUGAGGUUCAAGUUGAGAUAAAUCCACCACAGAGUUCAGCAUCAAAUAAUCAACAGAGCACAGUGACAAACACAUCUAGCAAUUCAACAGCAACUAUCGCGCCAAAUGAGCUGACAAUAAAUGUUCAUUUGGGCGAUAUUGGUGCAUUGGGAGUGAUUGGUGGUGGACCAAAUCAACCACCACGUGUGACAACAGUCACAUUGCCCACAACAUCCACCCAGACACGUUCGACUGCACGACAGCAAAUGCACUCUGGAAAUCUGCCGACGGCUCAGAUGCGCAAUUUCCGACCAACUUCCAGCAACAUUUUUUCGGCCUUUGACCGAUUCUUGCCAUGCAAUAGUCAUCACAUUCGCGAUCCCAACCAACAGACCGGCGGGGAGCCUAGGGUUAGGGUGUCUGCCCAGCCUCAGAGUGCACCUCAGAGUAGGACGGGGCAGAAUCAGGUGCCAACGGCAGAAGCUGGAAAUUCCAGUCAGGGGCAGGGACCACAGAUUGCUGGCUUCCCUAUCUUUGGGAAUUCUUUGGAUGUCUUCCAGGUGCUGCACAUUGGGCCACAGCUCAUCAAUGAUAUCAGAUCCCAACUUCAGGGUAUCGUUAGGGAUAUCUUCUUCAAUGGAAGUGCCGUAUCGGAAGAAAGCACCGCACAGGCUGUAGAUGUCUUCAUGGGACAUGCAGAGCAAGUCCUUGCCCUUAUGCCUAGAAUAGAAGAUUCAGAUUACGAUGUGAGGGCUUCUGUGGAGAAUCUCCUACGUGCUACAAUUCCACGAGCAUUUGAUGUGGUCAUGUCGGAAAAUCCAACUGACUUUGGGAGACGUGUCCUUGCAAUGUUUCACAAUUUCAGUCAACGUCUCUGUCGAAUUCUUCUGUUUUGCAUCGGUAGAGAAGGUUCCGAGCGGUAUCUGAGUCAAGUCACACGAAUGUACAUAGAUAAUCAAGCACCAGCAGACAGUUUUGUUGCAGAUUUGCGACCGUUUCAUCGACAUUUGAUGAAUGAAAUUGAACGAAUUCUCGAUAGUGUUGGCAAUGUGAAUCAGGAAGAGAUUCAGUCUUUCCUGGUGAUCCGUGCCCGAGCACCACCAGCUGCAACAGUUGUACCCGAAGUGACUGCACAGAGGCCUGAACAGCCACCAGAAGAACCCAUGGAGACAGAUGAGUUUGUCCUGGAGGAGCCUUCACAGAGUCAGUCACAAAAUACUAAUGUCGAUGAUGAUCCUCUUGAAGGCCCUAUAGAACCUCAACCAUGGCACAGACAAUUUCCCACUGAUUGGAUUCCAAUCAUAACGAAAGAUGUGCAAAAACAGAGGCGACCACAGUCGAGUCAGUUGCCUUUCUCUGAUGCCUAUCUAGCUGGAAUGUCAUCAAAGAGGCGCAAGAUGAUUGCGUGCUCGAAAGCUUCGACGGAUGUUCAGGAGGUGGUGAGUGAGGGUGUUAGGCAAGCCAUUAAGGCUACAGGACUCAGCUGUGCAAGCCAAACACCAGUUGAUGAUAUCUCUAGGGCAAUUGCAACAGAUUCAAGUGUCCAGGCAUCGUAUCAUGAUCAGAUGAAGGAGUGGAUGCCUCAUCAAUAUAUGGAUCAUCCUGACUACAGUCCGGAUCGUUUUCCGAAUAUUUCCAAAUAUUUCAAUCCAAUGAAAUGAAAUCAUUUCUGAAUAAUUAAAAAAAAAUAAUUACAAAUUGGGCUAUUGGGAGAAGAAUUGUGGUAAAAUAAUGCGUGAUUUGGAUGAGUGAUAGAGAUAAAGGUAAAAACAAAAAAGGAGUGAAAUAUUAUUAAUCUAUUAAUUGAUUUAACUAUUAUUGACAAAUAAUUUGUUAAUUGCUUUUUCUCCAUACUAUCAUAGAAAAAGUUUUUCACUUUAUUUAAUUCUGCUUUUAAAAGCCCAUUUUUAUUUUUCCGUAUUUUCAUAGAUUUUUAAAAGUGAUUUUCAUAUGAUAUUCAUUUUUUUAAUUUUUUUUUUUUGGAUGUAUAAAAGGAAAAGUUUGUGAAAGAUGAGUGAAUCAAAUGAAAAUUUUUAAUAAAUUUAUCAAAAGAGCAAAUGAUAGAUGAAAAAAAUAUGCUAAUUUAAAAAUUUCCCAUUCUUCUGGAUUAUUAUUGAAGAAAAAAAAAUGAUAUUUAGGAGGAAAAAGCAAAGAAAUGUAAUGAAAAUAAUUUGAAGAUAAACAUUUUAAAUAUCCAAUAAAA